ACGAACACUCGGUUGACGAGAAAUCCGAGCUUCGAUGCGAAUAUAAUGGUUCAUACUUUUCUGAAAUUCGACAGUUUAAAGUUGAAGAUUUUGCCGAACAAUCAAUAACUCAUAGUCUUGUAAUGAGAAAUCAUGCUAGCGAUUUGAUUACAUUUGCUGAGAGCUGUGAAGAUAAUAGCGUUAGUGAUGUUGAGCUGGUGGACUUAUUAAGAAUAUGUUUGGAUCAAGCCAAGUUAAAUAAGAAGGAAGCCACUUCAUUAAAGGACCAACUUGUAAGAAUUAAAACUCGUUUGGGACUUGUCGUCAAAGAAAUUGUUGAACAAAACGAUAAAAUUAUGGAAGAACAAGAGAAUUUAUCUAAAAAUAUUAGUCAAGCAAAUAAAGUAAAAGAAGGUGCAAUAUCAGUUUCAAAACGUAGUGUAAUUGCAGCUGGGUUGGGGGGCUUUGCAAUUACGGCAGCUCCGUUCACAGGAGGGGCAUCGUUGUUACCUGCAGCUACGGCUACAGUUUCUACUACUGUUGCUGGAGUUUCUUCAAUUUUGAGCGCCUUUCUAAAUUCGCUAAUUAAAUUUAACAAUACUCUACCAGAAAUGAAAAAUUGUCUUGAUAAUAUUGUCAUGACUUUAUCUCAAUAUGAAACUUAUUGGGCAAGUCAAAUUUCCUAUAUUGGUGAUAUCAUUAAUAAAUUGAAACGUAGUAAAGAUGGAAGACGAAUGGUAAGAACUAUCGGCAGGACCAUUUCAGAUAAAGCGAAAACGAUUCAUAGAGAUUCUAAUGAUUAUAGUGUUGUUAUGCAAGUUGCUGUGAAUGCUGAUAGGUUUGGUAGGAAUUUAC